CUCUCAUCGAGUGCAUACACCAAAGAACAAAAAAAUAUAGUCUAGCCAAGAGAAUAGAAACCAUUCAAUCUGUGAAUUGAGAAGUUGUGUGUCCUGGUUUUUCGUCUUUUUUUUUGUUGCCGUUGACAUAACGUGAACUCUCCCUCCCCUCAUCAUGGCUAUACCAUUCUAUGAAGAUGACAACGUUGACACGACGACGACAGCGAGUUUGGAGGCAUCGACGGAAAUUACCGACGGGGAUCAAGUAGAUGGUCCUGCAGUGGCCAUCUUUCAGCCAAGUAGCUACGACGAGGUCGACUUUGAAGGGCCGCCAACACAAGCGACACCACCAACACCAUCAACAACAUCAAACACAAAUACUAGUACUGGAAUAGGGUCAGGAACAGGAGCAACAAGUGAGGUGCCAGCAACAACUGAAGAGCAAUUGCUCGCCUGGAAAAUGUUGGCCCUAACAAUGUGCAAGGUCCUUAAGCAAUUCUAUUUGCAACAAAUACAACAGCAGCAACAGGAUCAACAGCAACAGACGGGAAAUGGGAAACCCAGCAAACUGAUAGCAACAGUGCAUAUUCAACCGCCACAGGCGCAGUAAAAACCCAAAAGGCGGAAUUUUUUAUCCUACAAAAAAAAACAUAAAAAAACGACAAAAAAAAAAACCAACCGAAAGGCUCCUAAAAAGCGCAACUUGUGAUUAACUUUCAAGUGUUGGUGAGAACUAGCAAAGUGACGAGAGGGAAAGAGUAAGGGAAAAGGAGAACAGAUAAAGCGAGAGAAAGUAAAAGUGAGAAUGAGCAAAAUGUGAACAAAUUUCCAAAGGAAAAUCCC